UUUGUAGUUUGACACCCUCAAAACAUAAUUAAAGAUCUGGCUAAUGAAAAAUAAGAGAGGAAAUGAAUUUAAGCAACAUUGAUUUUCAACAGCUAAGAAAUGAGUUCAUGUAAGAAUAAUAUUAUUGCAGGAAACAAUAUGGGUGUUUUGUAGUUCUUCCGCUGUUUUUUAUUUGGAAUCCUUAUUUUAUUUGGAAGCGGUGGUUUAGACGAUGGAUGUAGAGGAUUCACUGGAGAAGAUAAGGUUGGCAAAUCACGAUGAUUUCCUCUCAAAGCGGCACCGACCGAAUGACAAGCUCAGAAAUAUGACGUCAGCAUUACGUAGACGUUGGGUGCACUCAGUGCCACACCCCGACAUGGGAAAAACCGUUCCUCCCCAUCGCCUCCCUCUACACGUCAUCCGGAGGAAUCUCCACAACAGGGAAACAUGCAGUGCGCAUGCGUCCUUACGAAACUGGAUGAGUGAGGAGGAAAUGGGUAAAAAAGAAAAAUGGAGGAAAGACUUCGAAAACAAAUGGAAGAACGAAAUAGUUAAAAAAAAUGCCUCCUAUCAGGACCGCCCGUCUUACUGCCGUAGUGUUCACAUUCCACCUAUUCCUGUCCGGCAGUUGUCCGCCAGCUCCAACGUGGACAGUAAACCUUUCUUUUACACCAGUGACUCACCCCGUCCCCGCUCUCAGAAAGAAAAGGAGCGGGAUAGUCGACACUUCAUACACCCCGAGUGGAAAUCUGAAAACAUUUCUUGGUUGCGAUUCGAUCAACAAAAUACAAGGAACAUUCAUAGAUUUAGCUUGUUCUGAACCUUGAAUACUGCCUGCACAAUAAAGAUGAUGAACAGUCAUAGAAUUAGCUUGUUCUGAACCUCGAAUACUGCCUGCACAAUAAAGAUGAUGAACAGUCAUAGAAUUAGCUUGUUCUGAACCUCGAAUACUACCUGCACAAUAAAGAUAAUGAACAGUCAUAGAUUUAACUUGUUCUGAACCUUGAAUACUACCUGCACAAUAAAGAUAAUGAACAGUCAUA